AUGAACUGCGCAGACAACACCGGCGCCCGCAACCUCUACAUCAUCUCCGUCAAAGGCAUCGGUGCGCGCCUCAACCGCUUGCCCGCCGGCGGCGUGGGCGACAUGGUCAUGGCGACCGUGAAGAAGGGCAAGCCCGAGCUGAGGAAGAAAGUCAUGCCGGCCGUCAUCGUGCGCCAGAGCAAGCCGUGGAGGCGGGCGGAUGGCGUGUUCUUGUAUUUCGAGGAUAAUGCGGGCGUGAUUGUGAAUCCCAAGGGGGAGAUGAAGGGGAGUGCUAUUACCGGGCCCGUGGGCAAGGAGGCGGCGGAGCUGUGGCCGCGUAUUGCAUCCAACUCGGGUGUGGUGAUGUAA